UGCAUCCAUUUGACCGAUGAGGACGAUGCUGUUCCCCUAAGCCUCAGGGGUGCUGACCCAAUUGGAAAUUUUACGCUGCUUAUAAUGUGUCACAACUUUUCAAUGACCUCCCACUCACGGUCGACCGCUUUGUCAAGAGAAGAUACCACGAAAUAAUGCCUAAAUCACUAUUCCUGUCCCUUCUUGAAGAACUCCGGGUUUACAUUCUAUGCUUCCUUUCUUGCAGAGAUAUCCUUUGUUGCAGAUCCGUAUGCAAGGCCCUUCGCCAGACAUACAUGUCCUCCUCAGAGCUCCAGUACAUUGUCGAACUCAGCGGCCAAUGCUUGCUCUUCGUCUCCAACACGGGCGACCACACCCCUAUUUCCGAGCGCUUACAACGCCUGAGGGAUAAAGCCCAUGCAUGGCUCAAGCUUAAUGCCUUCGCUUUACAAACAGGCACCCUACCAAUCCCGUUUCCUACCCCAAGAUACUUCACUGGUGAACAUCUCUACUCGUGGAUCCACCAUAGCGACUUGGUCACCAUCAGCCCAAUACCAUCCAAACAUCCACAACAAACAAUCGAACACGAGUGGUCACCAAAAACGUUGUGUCCAUUAAUAUUUCCUCGGACAGUGAAGUACAUAUUGAUGGACCCAGCACAAAAUCUGUUCGGCAUCAUGUAUAUUGUUGACAACAUGGCCUAUCGCAUUUACCUAGCAACUCUGGAUGAUGGUCAUGUCCACCCUCACGCUGCUGGACCAGCGCUGGACCUGGAGCUGUCCGUGUAUGCAUUUGAUGUGAAGCUCGAGUGUUAUGGGAGGCAUAUCGCUUUGUGGCGCUGUGAGACUUCGAGGUUCUCGCAGACGUGGCAUCUGCAAAUUUGGGACUGGCAGCACUCAACAACAUCCGGCGUGAGUCUUCAAGCUUUAGUCAGGAAUGAUUCGAAUUGACGAUUGAUUUUGAAUUUAGAGCGCCCUCAGCGGCAGCACGUACACCAGUGCCAGUUUUUGUUUUCUCGGAAACGACAGAUUGCUCGUUUUCGCCCGAGAUUUGGAGCUGUAUUCGAUUGAGGAUAUGUCCGAGACACCGCAAUUGCUGGCAUGUUUCCGGUUGCCUUUCCCGUUGGUGAACUUGGAGAGCGAUCAUAGCUCACAGCCGAAGAUGCAGACGCAAGCCC